AACAACACAAACGCCAUCUUGACAGUAGCUUUAAAAUGGCAGAAAAAUGACAGGGAGAACCCGAGCUACGGAUAGGCUUUCUUUUCUUAUUUUGAAAAGACAGGACCUUUCCUGCUAUCCUCAAAACGUAGCUAGGGGGUUGAUGGCAAGUGAGAGAGUGGAAAGAAAUUAAAAUGGAUAUCACGACGGCGGUUUUCAACGCGGCCAGAGAUGGUAAGCUGAAACUUAUCCAGAAGUUGCUGAGCAACAAAAGUCCCGAGGAGUUGGAGGCUCUCGCCGAGGAGAAAACGCAGGGAGGCACCCCUCUCCUCAUUGCCUCUCGAUAUGGACACUUAGACGUUGUGGACUAUUUGCUUGAACAUUGUAAAGCUAACGUGGAACUAGGAGGCUCGGUGAACUUUGACGGCGAGACUAUUGAAGGCGCUCCCCCACUAUGGGCGGCUUCCGCGGCUGGUCACCUCCCUGUCGUCCGUACUCUUCUUAAACAUGGUGCCUCUGUCAACAACACUACACUGACCAACUCAACACCCCUCCGCGCUGCCUGUUUCGAUGGUCACCUGGAUAUUGUCCGCUACCUGGUGGAGCACCGAGCCGAUAUGGAGGUAGCCAACCGCCAUGGUCACACCUGCCUAAUGAUAUCCUGCUACAAGGGCCACAAAGAAAUAGCCAAGUUUCUCCUGGAACGUGGUGCCGAUGUCAACCGUAAAAGUGUGAAAGGCAACACAGCUCUCCAUGACUGCGCUGAGUCUGGUAGCCUGGACAUCAUGAAGAUGCUGCUGAAAUGCAACGCUCGCAUGGAGAGGGAUGGUUACGGCAUGACCCCUCUCUUAGCUGCCAGCGUCACAGGGCACACCAACAUUGUGGAGUACCUUGCCCACCAGCCCCGCACCUCUCGUGAAGAACGAGUUGAUGCACUUGAACUCCUGGGGGCCACCUUUGUGGAUAAGAAGAGGGACCUCCUGGGUGCUAUGAGAUACUGGAGGAGAGCCAUGGAGCUGAGACAGCCGGCUGACAAAAUGGGAGUCCUGGACAAGCCCCCUCCUGGUCCCCCUGUGCCUGCUUAUGACUGUGCCCGAGAGGUGAGCACUGCCGACGAGCUGGAGGCUCUGAUCACAGACCCUGAUGAGAUGCGGAUGCAGGCCUUGCUGGUUCGAGAGAGAAUCCUGGGGCCCUCGCACCCUGACACCUCAUACUACAUCCGCUACCGAGGGGCCGUCUACGCCGACUCGGGCAACUUUGAGCGCUGCAUCAGUCUGUGGAAGUACGCCCUGGAUAUGCAGCAGAGCAACCUGGACCCACUCAGCCCCAUGACAGCCAGCAGCUUCCUGUCUUUCGCCGAGCUCUUCUCCUUUGUGCUGCAGGACCGGGCCAAAGGCACCCUGGCUACACGCGUUACCUUCCACGACCUGAUGGGGGUGUUAGCGAAGAGCGUGAAGGAGGUAGAGAGGGCAGUGGCGCAGAGGGACAGCCCCCCUGAAGCCCCCCAGUUCACCAAGGCCCUGUCCAUCAUCCUCCACCUGGUGUUCCUGCUGGAGAAGCUGGAGUGCACCGCGGAGCAGGAGCACCGCAAGAAGCAGACGGUUUACCGCCUCCUGAAGCUGAACCCGCGGGCGCGCAGCGGCUUCACCCCCCUGCACAUGGCCGUGGACAAGGACACCACGUCGGUGGGCCGCUACCCCGUGGGCCGCUUCCCCUCCCAGACUGUGGCCUCUCUGCUGCUGGAGUGCGGGGCAGAUGUGGAUUCACGGGACUGCGACAACAACACGCCGCUGCACACUGCCGCCAGAAACGGUUGCCCAGAGAUCAUGGCGCUGCUGGUGAGGGCCGGGGCACACUUCGAUGCCACCAAUGCCCAGAGGAAGACUGCAUACGAGCUGCUGGACGAGCAGAGCAGUGGGCAUCCGGCCCUCUACCCCCUCAACUACGUCACCCUGCAGUGCCUGGCAGCGCGGGCCAUCGAGAGGCACAGACUGCCCUACAAAGGCCUGAUCUCUGAGGAGAUGGAGUCUUUUAUCGAGCUGCACUGACCCCCCAUCCCCUCCCCCCAUAAAGAUCCUGUCCUUGUCCCUGACUGUUCCCCAGAACCCUCUGAACCACAAAACAAUCCCCCCCCCCCCCAUCUUCUCCCUUCAUCCUCAUUAAACCCCACCCCCCUUUUCCGGGGUCUCUCCUUUUUCAGCACCCAUCCUAACACCAGCCUGGGAUCUUUGUCUCAGACUAAACCGCAACUAUAAUCCAUCUGGCCUCUAAAGAUUUAGCUAACACCAGGCUUGGAGCAUGUUACUUGUGGCUUCAUGCAUUCGCUCAGUGCUCUCUCUUUAGGUUAGGUGGGGAUAGGGGUCAGGGUUGGAUUUGAUUUGAUGCUCUCUGUCUUAUUUCCUCGUUACCCUCAAUAAGAAAGGAAGAUUCGUCACAGAAAGGAAAAGAUAGCAGUGCGUAUGUAUGUAUUGAGUGUUAGCUUGUGGUAAGGUGGGAAUGGAAGCUGUAUUACUUGAUAGGACGUGAUCAGAUAUUGCCAGUGAACUGCAUGAGAGGCUUAAGAGUGAAUAGAAUAGCUUGUUUGUUAAAUCUAUCUUGGUGUGCAAGGUUAUCAAGAAGCAUCUUUUGAACAAAAGACUGUCUGGUAUCAAUGUAUGUUUAUCAUCACUUGAGCAUUAUUUAAUUUCUCUGACCCUUUGAUGUUUUGAGGUGUGUUUGAAACCCAUUUGUGCCAAAACUCAGCCUUAUAACUUCUCUGUUAAUGGGAAAUUAGCCUAUACCUUAAAACGGACUGACUACAACUGUAAAAGACUGUCUUGCAUGGGACUAAGAAUACAGUGUGUUGUAGCCUAGACUACAGCAUUUGUUUUUUUGUUUUUUCAGGUACGUGUGUGUGCGUGCGUGCGUGCGUGUACGUGUGUGUGUUACAACUUUGUUAAUCUCUAGAAGUCUCCCUCUAGAGCUUGGAGGGUGGAGAUUUCGCUUCCAUCCUGAGUGAAUGUUAAUGGGCUGUUGAACCCAGUAUAAGAUCUAUUCUAGCCUGUUUAUAUACAGUCCAUGCAGAACGGUGGGAAUCUAUGCAGUUGCUCAGUGUGAUGAUAUCAAUAGGUGAUCCUAUUAACCACAGAUGCAGGCAGUACCUAAUGGUAACAAAUUGUACCCUGUAUUUUAGUCUUAUUUAAAUUUAGAAUUUUUGUCAACACCAUCUCAGUUUGGUUUUAAUUUUAUCCUACUUUCUGUUGCUACUGUUAUGUCAGUCGCUAUGUAAAAGUCACACCUGAUUGAAAUCACUUUGAAACACCUCCCUGAAUCCUCAAGCAUAGCUUAACAACAACCAGGCUAUGGACUCUGGCAUCCUCUUAACAACUGAUUCCUUUAACUGAUAACUUCAGAUCCAAACUGUUGAGAUACUUGAAUAAAAUUCAGUAUCACUGCAGCAAGUGUGUUUUCUGUGUUCCAUAUUGUACAUGGUGCUUUUGAAUCUCACUGGUGUGUCACCUGCUAUGGGGCUUUUGCCAAAUGUUUAUAUUUCAUAGGGGUCAAUUAGUUGUUAGGCUUUUGUUAAAGAGAAGUCGACUUAUAGCUGCAAACUAUGUACAGUAUCCAAGUUCCAAUUCUAUUCUUUUGAAUGGCUUCUUCACAGUUUGCAACAGCCCUUGUCCAUUGUGUUCAUUAGCGGUAGACUGCAUCGCUCUGCAACAGAUACUGAUUGUGCAGGUUAGCCGUGCUCUCAGAGAGCUGUGUAGAGUGGAUGUGACGGGGUAACAGACAGCUGGAGUAACACUCAUAUUACGGAGGCCCUUAUAUUUAGAGAGAUUGAAAUAGGCGUGAGGGAAGAACACUAUCCAGCCUUGCUCUCUGGGUUCUCAUGCAACUCACCUAUUAAAGACAGAUGCCUGAAGUUAACUUUUGAGGGCUCAGGUUUGAGCUCCCUGCUGGUUUGGUUAUUUCUAGUGACCAGGAGUUCUUCGUGACCACGUGGCUGAAGAACUCUGGUCCCAAGCAUUUCUGGCCAGGUCAUGUCGACUGGAAAACGUGGCCCAAUUUAUUCUCCUGCCUCCCUCCCCCUUUUCCACAGCACUUUGCAAAUUACAGGAGUAUCAUAUUUGGGUAGUCACACUUCAGUCUGCCUUCCCUAUGGGCAGUAUUCCUAACCUUUAAAUUUACAUUGUUUUUAAGACUGCAAAAAAAACAAAACAUUUUGAUAAAUGUAUUACCUGCUGUUUUGCUUUCCUUGAGUGAUAAAUAGAAUACGCUGUGUUUUCUGCCGUCCAUGUCUUUGUCACUCUACAGUGUGUGAUGUGGUGAGAAAAGAAACCCGACAGAAACAUGAUCUUUUGACGUCCAGUGCUCUUAAAGUAUAAAUAGAGUGCAAUUAACGUCACUGCAGGGUAGCAGUGGAGACGGGCUGUUUCCCCUGCUAUUUCAGGGGCAUUUCACCCCAGUCUCUGCCCUGCAAACAGACUUACGGUGAGGUAAUACACACCCAGUCAGCUCCCUGGCAGGGUCUGUGUCCCAGAAACCAUCUUCGGUGACUUUGGUCCAUGGUUGAACCAAGUCAGCCUAUUGUAAAAUUUGGACACUUGCCAUAUCCUACCAUUACAAUGGGGCUAUCAUUUUCUUAAAAGCUAAUCAUUUUCGUUAUUCGAUCUUAAAUUCACAGUUCAUCUCCAUUUUCUUUGAACAGUCAUAGUUAUAGGUGGAAGAUGAUUAUGUCUUACUGGCAUCUAUUUAAGGUGAAAUAAAACAUUUAAUUGGGAAUUUGCAUUUACCUCCUGAAUUCACUGACUUGAUCCAGAACAUUAUUAUUAUUAUUACUUAGGAAAGUCCAGUAGACUGGAAGGUUAUUCUGUAGGUGGUCUAACCUGCAUGCCUGAUGCCCCGUCGGUGGCUGUAAGUAAUCCUGCUCAGGGCCUUUGUCUCUAAUAAAAGAUAAGAGGGUCUUACAUUUUGAGAUACAUAUUGUCUUACCAGCCAGAUAAGACCUAUGAUUCAACGUUUCUAGUUUAUAGGAAAUAUUAUAUUUUAUACAUGAUUUAUAGAAUUCUCAAGUGCAUGUCUGGCAUCUGUUUGAUUCAUUAUAUAUUUAUCUGGAAGGCUAUUACAUUUAGCACUACUUACUGUAUGCAACCCAAGAUUGUGGCAAGCUGAUGUAACCACAGUGGUACUUCUCCUUUCACCCACUAGGUGUCAGCAGCAACAAGGCAAAUGCACAGUGAUCAGCACAACGCCACCUGGCCGCUCACACUCCUUUGUUCCAGAGCAGCUCAGAAGGGGACAAGUGGAUCAAUGGGGAGAUGAAAGUGCGAAAGGGAUUAGGAAGUACAGUGUUUUUUUUUUGUUCUUCACUCUCCAAGUUGUUUUUGUUCUGUUCAUUUUGCGGCUUGCUUAUCAUUGUUGUCUUGGACAAUAUCAAGACAAUUUUGAUGAGUGCACUGCUUCUCUUAUUGUGAACUGAUAUCUCAGAAGUCAGAUCUACUGAUAUGGAAUUGUGUAUGUGUAAUAGUAAAGGUUGGGUAAGGUUUACCUACUUCACAAACUUCAUGUCAACAUCAAUCUGGAACUCUACAACUUCUCUUGCCUAGUGUCAAGAAAAGUACUUUCUUAUUUGUUGUGUUGUAGGUGGGGGAAGAUAGUUGAUACAUCUUGUAUAAUGAAUUUCAAAUCAGUUUGGUCUGUCUUAGCUUCAAAACAGAUUUUGUUUUGUUUUCAAAACAAAAUCGGGGAAACGCAUAUACUAUUUCCCAGUUGUUAUUUUUUUGAUGAUUUUCUGAAAUGAUCAUGGAAAAGGCAUACUUUCUGCAAUGUGUAUUAUCUGAUAUUAGCUUUGACAAAUGUCCAACAAAGGUAGAUUUAAUGUGACGAUGUGCUUCUUACUUUGUAUUGCCUGUAUUACCUUGCACAUAGUCCUUGUUGAACUGUCUGAAAUUGUUAGUUAAUGCAGAUACAAUAUAAAAUAAUAUGUUUUAUUAUUUUUCACAUUUCAAAAUACAUUUUGUUUGAAGUGUUGCCCACUCAGUAAUUGAUAAGUAAUGUAUUUUUAACAAUAUGUUUUUAGAAUUUUUACAUCAGGAACAGAUUGUGUUAGCAAUUUAAAUAAUUCAUUAUUACCCAUACCUCUGCUUAUAUAUUUCUUCCAGAAUACAUCAAUUAUCAGACUGCUACUCUACAUUUUAGGACAUUGUUUGGUCUAGUCCCAUUUUUCAAAUGUCUAGGCAUCUGAAUUAAUACAAAAUUAUCUUUCAAAAGCAUGUUCGUUAGUAAAGGUAUCAAGAACUUAACAUCUUUAAUGUGAAUAGGUCGAUGCAAAUCAUUUAAUGCAAAUAGGUCAGUUUUGCUAAUACGUGAGAAACAAAUCAUCCAGUUUGACUUUUAUUCCUCUGAAUAAAAUGCAGCUGUCUGUAUUGAAACCAUAGGUCCCAGAUGAACAUACCGUGCAUUCAGCGUAUUUAUGAGAUUAUUUUUGUAUAUGAAACCCUUAUACACACUUGCCAAAGUCCUUCAGUGUCAUUUUCUUGUGUGACAAAAAUGAAAAUAUACUGGAUUUAAUUAGAAGUUUUUGCCCCAACACAAAAGUCUAUUAUGUCAAAGUGUAAAAAUAUAGACAAUAUUGCAUGAAUAUUCACCCCCUUUGCUAUGACACACCUGAAUUAGCUGUGGUCCAACCAAUUCUCUUCAGGAGUAGUUGACUGGAGUCCACCUUUAAAGUGUUUCAAAUGAUUUCAGGUAAAAUACACCUGUCUCUGGAAGGUCCCAUGUGUGGUUAUCAGGGAUAGGAUAUAAGAACUUCCUCAAAAUAUCCUCAGGAGCCCAGCAAAGUAAAAAAAACAUUAAGAAAUGAAGAUAAUAUGGGAAAACUGUGAAUGUGUCUACAUCAGGCCGUCCUCAAAAACUGAGUAUCCAGACUAGAAGGGGACUAGUCAGGGAGGCCACCAAGAGGUCUGUCUUUAAAACGGUCCAGCCUUCCAUGAUUGAGCUGGGCGACACUAUUCCAACUGAGAAGAUGUGGAAAGAGUGAAAAAUCGCUGUCCACCAAAGGUCCCCAACUAACUUGAUAGAGAUUAAGUAAUUUGCAAAGAAGAAUGGAAGAAUUGCUGUGUCCAGACUUAUCCAAAUAAACUUGUGCCUGUACCAAAUACAGACUAAAGGGGGUGAAUACUUAUGCAAUCAAUUGUUUUGUAUUUGUAAUUCAUUUAGGUCAGUUUUAUCUUUCACUUUGACCUUGUGAACAUUUUGUGGUGAUCAAUGGCAAAACGCCUUAUUAAAUUUGUUUUGAUUUCAUGUUGUUACACAAUCAAAUCUGGAAUGUCCAAUGGGAUGAAUACAGUUGAGUGGCACUCUAACCUAUAAACCCUGUCUCAGGGUUGACUAAUUCAGAAGAUCCUGUCAAUUUCCACUUUGUUUUUGAACAUUUUAUCUUGUUUAUAUUUUGUGUACAUAGUAAAUAGUAAUAUAUGUGUACAGUGUAGUAAUAUAUAGUAAACUAUAAGUACUAUAUAUUAAACUGCAUGGAUUUGUGGUUGGAUGUGCAGAGUUUUUGAAAUGUGUAAUGUUCUGCUGAACCAUGUUAUCAGCUCUGACUCCAUUUCAAAAUAAAGGAUGAAAAUGUG